AUGGGUCUCUUUUCACGAAAAGACAAGAACUCCUCCCCUGCCCCAGCGGCGAAUCCUUAUGCCACUCCACAACCUCAAGCCGACCCUUACGCACAAGAUACAAACAAAUAUGCGAAGAUGCCCACUCAGCCAACUCAAUCUCCAUAUCAAUCAGCUAGACAGCAGGUUUCCGCCCCAGGCGCUGCGAGUGCCCCUAAUGGUGGUGGAAUGAGUGGCUCUAACCCUCGAGCUCCGGCUCCCAAUGGUGGCGGAUACGGAUCUGAGAAAUAUGGCAGUGGCGGUGGAUAUGGCGCAAACAGAUACGAUGGCCCUCCCGCCAAUACAGGUUCAAAAUAUGGCCCAUCAGGUUAUGGUGGCUUAGGAAGAACAAACAGCAAUGAUACAACUACGACAGAAGACAACAAGAGCGAACUAUUUGGUGGCGCAAAGGAUAGAUACACACAAAAGUCGACUACUUCCGACCGACCUCAGUCAUAUGGUGCCCAGUCAGAGGCUGACCCAACAUCAAUUGGAGGCGGAUAUGGAGCAUAUGGAGAGGAAAGACAGCUCACCGCUGAAGAAGAGGAAGAGGAAGAUGUUCAAGCAACAAAGGCUCAGAUUAGAGCCAUGAAGCAAGAGGAUGUUUCAUCUACCCGAAACGCAUUGAGGAUCGCGGCCCAAGCUGAAGAAACCGGCCGUGCUACUUUGGCUCGUCUAGGUGCGCAAGGAGAACGUAUCCACAACACUGAGAAGAACUUGGAUCUUGCUGCCAACCAUAAUCGAGUUGCUGAGGAGAAGGCCAAGGAACUAAAGACUCUUAACAAGAGCAUGUUCGCUGUGCAUGUUGCUAACCCAUUCACGGCGAAAUCGAGAAAAGCUCAACGAGAUGAUGAUGUUAUCAACAAACAUAGAACCGAGCGUGAUCAGCGUGAGGAAACUAGAAACGCGGCUUUCGCAUCUACUCAGAGAAUGGAGGCAAACUUCAAAGGUCUCCAGCCUGGAGAUGUUGGAUAUCGGGCAACAGCAACCAAAGCCAGUCUUGCAGAGAGGUCCAAAUAUCAAUUCGAAGCCGACUCUGAGGAUGAUGAUAUGGAGGGUGAAAUUGAUUCCAAUCUCGAUGCUCUUGGUCAUGCUGCCGGAAGAUUGAAUUUGUUGGCCAAAGCUACUGGUCAGGAAGUUGAUGAUCAAAAUAAACAUAUCGAGAGAAUUAUCGGCAAGAGCGAUCGUGUCGACGAUCAAAUUGCUAUGAACAGAGCCAGAUUGGAUCCUCCGCCACAAGCUUUCCUCGCAUACGUCUUAUUGCAAGCGGCUUCUAGCACAGCAUCCUGGCUGCAGAUAAACCAUCCCGAAGAAACAUUGGAAUAUCCAACUGAAGACUGA